GACAGGAUGUGAGAGAGGAACUGGGGUCUUCAGUCACGGGAGCCAGCUGGGGCUGCAGGCAGGAAGGGAACGAGGCUGCCGUGAGCAGAACUGGACCCCAGGACGAGGGAGGGAGGACUAACUGGGGGGCCUUCCUUGAAUCCCGGCCCGAGGAGGGAAGCUGGGGGCCUGGACUCCCCGGGUGUGAGGGAGGAGGAGGAGGAGAAACUUGCCGAGCUUUGAGAAAGGAAUCUCAGCCCAUCCAGACUCUGUCUCCGCCUCAGGAUGGGAGGCCCCAGGCCUCAGCCCUGGGGGCUCGGGCUGCUGCUCUUCCUCCUGCCCGGGACCCUGCGCGCAGCGGACAGCCACCUCUCCCUUCUGUACCACAUCACCGCCCUGUCCUCCCCACCCCCCGGGACUCCGGCCUUCUCGGUGUCGGGCUGGCUGGGCCCCCAGCAGUACCUCAGCUACAACAGCAACCGCCGGCAGGCCGAGCCCUACGGGGCUUGGGUCUGGGAAAGCCAGGUGUCCUGGUACUGGGAGAAGGAGACGGCGGACCUGAAGGAGAAGCAGAACCUCUUCCUGGAAGCUUUCGAAGUCUUGGAGAAAGGAGAUUCCUACACCCUGCAGGGUCUCCUGGGCUGUAGGUUGGACCCUAACAAUGCCUCCGUGCCGGUGGCCGACUUUGCCCUGAAUGGUGAGGACUUCAUGAGUUUUAACCUGAAGUUGGGCAACUGGACUGGGGACUGGCCGGAGUCCGCUGCCAUCAGUGAGAAGUGGAAUGAGCACCCUGAGAACGUCAACAAGGAGAAGACCUUCCUGCUGUAUUCCUGCCCACAGAGGCUGCUGGGCCAUCUGGAGAGGGGCCGUGGAAAUCUGGAGUGGAAGGAGCCACCCUCCAUGCGCCUGAAGGCCCGACCAGGCAGCCCUGGCUUUUCGGUGCUCACCUGCAGUGCCUUCUCCUUUUACCCGCCGGAACUACAACUGCGAUUCCUACGAAAUGGACUGGCAGCUGGCUCGGGUGAGGGUGACCUUGGCCCCAACGGUGACGGCUCCUUCCAUGCCUGGUCGUCGAUAACGGUCAAAAGCGGCGAUGAGUACCACUACAGCUGCGUGGUGCAGCACGCGGGGCUGGCUCAGCCUCUGACUGUGGAGCUGGACCCAUCAGCCAAGUCCUCGGUGCCAGUGGCUGGAAUCGUCAUCGUCUUCUUACUGCUCAUAGUGGUAAUUGUAGCAGGAGUUCUGCUGUGGAGGAGAUUGAGGAACGGGCUGCCAGCUCCUUGGACCUCUCUCCGUGGGGACGACAUAGGGGCCCUCCUUCCCACUCCUGACCUGACCAAGGAUGUUGAUUCAUAGGAUAAAAAUGCAAUCCCAGCAACUGCCUUGUGGCUGCGCCCAGCUAAUGUCCUCAGGUCUCUUUCAUGCUAUGAGACCUUCUGGAAUCCUGGUGUCUCUGAGCCUCCUGAAGUCCUGGGCCCUGAUGUCCCCUCUCUGGUUGCCUCCUCCUAUGGUCUGCCUCAGUGUCCUCUCGUCAUAUGUAUGGCUCUUUUCCACCUCCACAUAUAACAAGAGUUUGGGCCCAAAUCAUUGUGUUCUCAUCAUUUCAACUUUU